AUGGCUCAAACUUUAUAUUUCAGCGUUCUUCUCAUCGCUCUCUGUUCAUUAUCUGAAUGCAUUCAGCGCCGCUAUCACCACAUAAACAUGAAGAUGACCUGGACUGAAGCUCAGAAAUACUGCAGAGAAAACUACACAGAUCUGGCCACAGUCAACAACAUCAAUGACAUGAAUCAACUGAUGAAGAGUGUGAAUAACAGUCUGACUACAUAUGUCUUCAUUGGACUGAAUAGAUUAAGUGUUUAUAAAUGGAAGUGGUCUCUGGGUGAUCCUGUGAAAUAUACAAACUGGUAUAAUGGAGACUCAAAUGGUUCAGGUCAGUGUGUUUAUAUGAGAGAUGGAUCAUGGCGUCAUCAGGACUGUAAAAAGAACAUGAAGAGUUUCAUCUGCUACAAUGGUGAUAAAGGAUUCAUCAUUGAUAAUUCUUCAGUAUCAUGGAGAGACGCUCAGAUCUUCUGCAGACAGCAUCAUACUGAUCUGACCAGUGUGAGGAAUCAGACUGAGAAUCAACAGAUUCAGAAGAUCAUGAAUGACAAAAACAUAUCUGAAGUCUGGAUUGGUCUGUUCAGUGACUCAUGGGAGUGGUCAGAUAAGAGUGACUCUGGAUUCAGAUACUGGAGGUCUGAUCAACCUGAUAGUAAUGUUGGUGGUUCUGAAGAUUGUACAGCAGUCAGAAUGACAGAACAGGAUCAAUGGCAUGAUGUGCCUUGCAGUUUCUCUCUGACCUUUGUGUGUCAUGAAGAUAAUCUGAUAUUGAUCCAGAUGAAUCUGAGCUGGUCUGAAGCUCUGAGAUACUGCAGAGAGAAUCAUGUGGAUCUGGUUUCAGUUGAUUCAGAGGAGAUUCAGUUCAUGGUGACAGACGUGAUUCAUCGAUCCUCUACUGACGCUGUGUGGAUGGGGUUACGUCACUCCUGUGCUGUUGGUCUUUGGUUCUGGGUGAAUGGAGAGAUGGUCUGCUAUCAGAAUUGGGCUCCAGGGAACGAAACAGCAGUGGACGACUGUGACCGUGAAGUGAAAUCUGGAGCAAUUCAGUCUGGAGAUCAUCAUCUCUGGAUCAGUCUUCCUCAAUCUCACAAACUCAACUUCAUCUGCAGCAGAAAAUAAUGAAUUCAUUUGUGUCUAUCACUUCUUGUUCUUAAGCAGUAGGGUUCAUUUAUAAACAUAUUACAGAUAAAAUACAACAUUAUACGUUA